CUGUUCAGUCGUUGCCUACCCCGUCCGUAGUCAACUUCAUAUUUGGUCGUCGUCACGCCACCCGUAUUGAAUUACGCUCACCAUGUGUUGUGUUGUUGUCUCUUAAGAUUCUUUAAUCUCGACUUGUUACACCAUAACUAGAUCAAAGUACGAUCCUGGAUACAGUUUUAAAAUCAUCGUUCGUAGUUACAUGGUGAACCACAUUGAAUUAAAAAAACCUGCUUUACUUACGCAACCAUGCGUUUUAAACGAGUAUUCAAAAAAUGGAAAUGCUGUGUAUGGGCUGUGUGAUCGAAUGCCACGCUUUCUCUCGUUCAAAAAAUUGUUAAUCAGUACAAAAACCAGUUCACGGUGUCAGCCAGGAAGCUUCCAAUCACCUGUAGUAAAAAGGCUCGGGUCAACGAGAACGUAGUGUCUGCGAGAUCGUCCAAGGGUUCACAGUGUUUGCAUCCUCAGGGCGCAGCAGCAUGACAUCAAGUUGAAAUCGACGCUAUAUUUUUAUUUAUGUUUUCAGCGAGUGUAAUAUUAGAUCGAGCUAACAGCGUACAUACAAGUCCUGAAGGGCAGGCAUUCAUGUGUAUUCAUCGUAGUGACAUGGCAGAUGUGCACAACCUACCGUGAUUCUAUUUUUAAGAAUUGUUUGCUAAAUCUCUUGGCUCCUCAACCGUGAAGGUUUUCUGGAAAAAGCCCAAACUAAAAGUGCCUUUUACUGUAACGUUUAAGUAUUUACGUUUGUUAUUGCCUGUUUUGCUUGUUUCAAUUAGCGAAAUUCGCUGACUGAGCCCUGCAGUGCAUAGGUGCAAGAGAAGUCACUAAUUGUGUGCGUGUUAGAGUCGUUUCAAAACAAAAGUGACGUCAUCAUGGCCGCCUUUUUCGUUUUGACUAUUCCUACAGCGGCCUACGAACAAAAGCUUUUGGCUGAUCGUGAUCGAAAUGCCGAAGGCAAAAAAGCCAGUCAACUCGUUCAGGGUAUCAAUACCAAGGGGUUUCUCGGUUUAGCAUCUGUCCAGGAAUCGAGUUUGCUUCAGAGUCGCCAAGAUACCAGUUUGAAACCGACACGUCUGUUGGAAGCGCCAGGACAACAAGGUGACGAGACCGGUCAAUCUACUUUCGCUUCCAUAGCUAGUGCUCUUACCACCACCCUCGAAGUGCUCAAGAUUAACGACGUAGUAUGGAGUAUUUCCAGUAACGAUAAAUAUCACCAGGUCAGUUUUCCUUCGGGCAAAAAUGAUUCAGAAGAAAUUUUACAGAAACUACGGAUCUUGGGAAUAGGAUCACUUUACGACACCAAAUUAAGCGUAUUGCCAUGCUCAUUGCAGUACAACAGUCAGGAAGCCUUCGCAGACGACAAAGUUGAAAAUACUGAUGGGGAAGCCCAAUCUGAUGCAGACACUGACGGGGAAAAAGCCGCCGAGCGUGGUCUGCUUUCCAAAACUUCGAAGAACCAGUUCGUUCAGUCCAUCAAGUCACGACUUGCUGUUGCCCAGGUCGUCGAAGGGGUUCGUGAAAGCGCUGUGCUUUCCUUUGACUUUAUCAUGUUCGUCCUACUUGCUGGGAUGUUGGCGGCGUUGGGAUUAGUUGAAAAUUCAUCAGUCGUACUCGUCGCGUCGAUGUUGGUGUCUCCUAUGAUGGGUCCAAUUUUAGCGGGGACAUUUGGCACUGUGAUUCAAGACAGGACUCUGCAGAGGCUGGGUGUGAAAACGGAGUUAAUUGGAUUAGCAUUAUGCCUGUCGUUCGGAUUCGUAUUUGGCAUCAUUUACAGUUCCGUUGUCAACUGGGACGAUGGUUUCUGGCUCAAAGACGAAAUGGUUGCGAGAGGACAGUUACGAUCUCUGUGGGUCGGAGUCCUGAUAGCUCUACCCUCUGGGGCUGGAGUAGCGCUCAGUGUACUUGGAGGCAAUGUGGGAUCGCUAGUCGGAGUAGCAAUAUCUGCGUCCUUAUUGCCACCCGUUGUUAACUCAGGUUUGCUAUGGGCGGCAGCGUUGACAAAGUUCGUUGAAUUCCAAAUUUCGGGCAAUAGCAGCGUCUUGGAAGCGCCGUCGACUUAUUCGGUGUCUUAUUCGACUAACAUGGCCGAAGAGGCAUUGCUGCUAGGUGGAGUUAGCCUGUGUUUAACUCUUCUGAACAUUUUUUGCAUAGUAAUGAUGGGCAUCAUUGUCCUCAAGAUCAAGGAAGUGGCACCCGACAAAGAGGCGCCCAACACAAGGCGAUUCUGGAGUCACGACAUUAGAGAAGUACGGAAUUACAACAGAACGUUGACCGGAAAAGAAGCUAAAAGCUUAAUAUCUCGGAUCCAUGAUGAUAUCAACGCUAAAUUGGCAGAGGAAAGUGAUGCCAAAAACGACGGCUGGCGCAAUUGCGUGGAACAGAUUUUCACGGAUCCUGUUUACCAAACAAUUAGAAUGAAGAGCGCCUAUAUUUCUCCUCAGAUCACGCAGAUGACAUGGCAUCCCAUUCAGAGACCAUCUCAUAAUUUAAACAGUCCACGAUCAAUCGAGCAAUCUUUGAAACGUCCAGGGAUGCAGCGAUUUGAAAGGUCUGUUUCUACGCCUAGAGGAGCGAAAGAACAAAACGAUUCUGCCGUUAAGGUAAAACUCGGAACGGUAACUAGAGAAAGACAGCUUUUCACUGCCUAUUCGCAUCGGCAAACACCUUCACCGACAAGGAAAAUCACUUGGAAUUUCCCCUUCCAAUCCAACGACAGUCGCCAAGGCCGAUUUAUCAUCAGUAGAGCUGAUAUUCCAAUUGGUAGCCGUCGCUCUAGACGGUCUAGCCGAAAAGAAAAUUGCACCGCCAAUUUGUACGAUCUUCAUGAACUAGUGCCUUAAAAGGCGAAUCCGGCAUUUUUUUUUAACACUUCCAUUUUACACUAGUGGUCUUAUAGUACCCUGCGCUUAGUUACAAUUUCUAACCCAAAGAAUAAGAAACAACACAUUUUACGCAUAGUGCUAGUAAUGGAUAAAAGGAUUUUUAAAAAGCCCCACAAAAUCUAACAAUAAUAGAAAAUGAAUAAUGAAAGUAAUACAUAUUCAUGAAAAUUG